AGGUAUCGGUCUUGGUGUUCUGGUACGGGAAUAUGGAAAGCUUUCAAAUCUGGACAAAGUUUAUUUUGCUUUUCCUGGAGAGAUUCUGAUGCGGAUGUUAAAACUCAUCAUUUUACCAUUGAUAGUAUCCAGCAUGAUCACAGGUGUUGCAGCUCUGGACUCAAACGUAUCUGGAAAAAUUGGUCUUCGAGCUAUUGUGUAUUACUUUUGCACCACAGUCAUAGCAGUUGUUUUAGGAAUUGUACUGGUGGUGAGCAUCAAACCAGGUGUGUCUCAAAGUGCUGAAGAUAUCGACAGAACAGGAAGUACUCCAGAAGUAACUACAGUUGAUGCACUACUUGAUCUGAUUAAGAAUAUGUUUCCAGAAAAUCUGGUCCAGGCAUGCUUCCAGCAGUACAAGACCAAGAGAGAAGAGGUGAAUCCAACAAAAGAUCCUGACAAGAACAGUACAAUUGAGAAGAAUAGCACUCUAGAUUUGUUUGCGACAGAACAACAGAACCAAACAAAGGAAUACAAGCUUGUUGGCGUCUACACCGAUGGAGUGAAUGUCUUGGGUCUUAUUGUCUUCUGCCUUGUAUUUGGGAUUGUCAUUGGGAAAAUGGGAGAAAAAGGUCAAAUUCUGGUGGACUUUUUCAACGCAUUGAAUGAAGCGACAAUGCAAAUAGUUCAGAUUAUCAUGUGGUACAUGCCCCUUGGUAUCUUGUUUUUAAUUGCGGGGAAGAUCAUUGAAGUUAACGACUGGGAAAUAUUCCGCAAACUAGGACUUUACAUGGCAACUGUACUCAGCGGACUUGCCAUCCAUUCUGUUGUUAUUUUGCCACUAAUAUAUCUUGUGAUAGUUCGAAAGAAUCCUUUCAAAUUUGCAAUGGGCAUGGCUCAGGCUCUACUGACAGCACUCAUGAUAUCAUCUAGUUCAGCAACGUUACCUGUAACUUUCCGCUGCGCUGAAGAAAAGAAUAGGGUGGACAAAAGGAUCACAAGAUUUGUUUUACCAGUAGGCGCCACAAUCAACAUGGAUGGCACAGCUCUGUAUGAGGCAGUGGCUGCAGUCUUCAUCGCACAGUUAAAUGACAUGAAUCUAGAUGUCGGUCAAAUUGUCACAAUAAGUGUAACGGCAACAGCAGCCAGUGUGGGAGCUGCAGGAGUACCACAGGCCGGCCUGGUUACCAUGGUGAUCGUUCUGAGCGCCGUGGGUCUUCCAGCUGAGGAUGUCACUCUUAUAAUAGCUGUUGACUGGCUUUUGGAUCGAUUUAGGACCAUGGUAAAUGUUCUUGGUGAUGCUUUUGGAACUGGAAUAGUAGAGAAGCUCUCCAAGAAAGAACUGGAACAAAUGGAUGUCUCAUCACAAGUGAACAUUGCUAAUCCCUUUGCCAUUGAUCAAGGUAUACUUUCAAAUGAAGACGAAGACGAUGAAGGGAAGAAGUCCUAUGUGAAUGGAGGAUUUGCGGUAGAUAAGUCAGAUGCUAUAUCUUUCACCCAGACAUCACAGUUCUAA